ACGAUUUGUAUCUAGCGUAAAACUUAUUGAUAAUUUACUAAUUAGACACUAAAUGCACGUGCUCGUUGUAAGAGAUCGCCAUCUUCUUCAUGGAUUUUAUCAUCUUAAAUAAUUAGUUAAAUAAUUAAUUAAUUAAAAGAGAAAGGAUUAAAUUAAUUACAUCGUGACAUUAAGAAUUUUACAUAAUUCUACGUUUGAAAUGGAGUUAAUACGAAUAUAUGUGUUUCUUGUAGUAGCCGCCUUAGUUUCUGCAACAGUUGCUGAUAAAGGUCAAAUAAAGUACAAGCAUCUGACGGACAAGAAAUCAUGGCCGGAUGCGGAUGCAGAUUGCCGGUCACGUGACGGAUCCCUACUCGUCCUUGAUACACAUUCAAGAGUGAUUGAGUUCCAAAACAAAAUUAUGCUAGAUACUGAAAUAUGGACUGCAGCAUAUAGGCAACAUUCACCAUGGGUGUGGGUUGAAGGAUGUUUUUCGGCUUCUUUCCUCACAAAGAAAGAUGGUAACCGGCUUCGUCUAAACAAGGCAUCGGAAUGUGCCACACUGUGUAAAGAUAGUGCUUACGCUGCUUUAAAGGGAUAUAUGUGUUUCUGUAUUGAGGACAUGCGUGAUCUGUUACCAAUGAAUGCACGUGAAUGUGAUACCUCGUGCCCAGGGUCACCGGGUGAGAUGUGUGGCGGCCAGAGAGGGGGUGCUGUGUCACUUUACAGUCUAGGGGGCGUUAACGGUUACAAAGAGUCGGAUAAAGAAAUAGCAGAGCAACUUCAGCAGACAAAUCAUGAGAUGAGUCGGUCAGACUGGAAAAACUGUGUCUACAUUCUCAAGCAUGACACACCUAUUUGGAUAACUGCUGACUGUAGAAAGAAACUGCCUUUUCUUUGUAAAAUAUAUCGGGAUAAUGGUGCCAUUAUUGAAUAUAGAAGUCCAAGAAAGAAGGUCGGUUCGUGGAUGGAGGCACGUGACAUGUGUCUGGAGGAAGGUGGUACAUUGGCGGAUCUUCAUGCGAACAAUAUGGAGGCGGUAUCAGCUCUCCCGGACCACAGUGAAUUCUGGGUCGGGCUGUACAGAAACACUUCGUGGGCGUGGCAAACAGACGACAUCGUGGAGAAGCCGUCAUGGUGCACUUCAAUGACAGAAGACCGGACAGGAGAACUUCAUUUCAAAACCGAGACAUGCAGCAUGCCCAAAGAAUACAUAUGCCAAAUUCCUUUACAAGUUGCACAGGCAAAACAUAGUAACAUGGUUAUAUUUCUGAUAUGUGGAACGGUUGCCUGGAUACUAGCUGUCGUGACUGGUAUUGUCGUCUUUUAUAUGAUGAGGAAGAGAGGAUAUUGUAAGAGAAGUUCGGCAACGGGCUCAACUGGUGAACUAAGAACUAGUUAUUUAGAUUUAGAAGAAGAUUCUUCUAGAACUAGACCAUCCAGACCACAUUCUUACGUCAACAGUGACGUCAGAAAUCAGCCAACGUGUUCACGACCACCACCUGCAGAUGACCUCCGAAAGCCAAAUUCCUCCAAAAAUCAGGAUCAAACUGCAAGAUUCCAAGCUUCUAAUGGAAAUGAGUAUGCAAGCGUCUGUAUGAGCAAAUUUGAUAAGCGUGGUCCUUUGGAACAGUAUGAUGACCUCAGUCACGAGGCUAGCGCGUGCGGGUCGUCAAACAGAGGGUCAACAAGUACUGAAGGUGAUUACGAUAUUGUCUGGGAUUCUGUAAAAUUUGGAAAGCAUUUAAAUAAGUUAACAAAAUCUGCUAGAGGCUCGACAUCGUCUGAAAAUAUUUAUACAGAAAUUGAACACGUGACACGUGUUGAGAUUCCUCCUAUCUCUGAAAACAGUGAUAAUCUAUUUCCUCCAAGCGAUGCAUUUGGGCUUCAUGGAAAUGGCGGGAAAAUGCCGCUCGGUCGCACACGAUCAAAGAGCCACUAGUUAGAAAUGAAAUGUUUUGUAGAACAGUGACUAUACUUGUUUUAUAUUAAAUUAUUUAUUUAUUAAUUUAUUAAAUCUUAGAGAAAAAAUCAUUGUCUUUUUUAUUCUUUACCUCCUUCCGAGUGAC